GUUUAACAGUGGGCGUUUCCUUUACCUGUCGGACAAAAUUGGACUCACCUCCCAGUAGGUGGAGCUACAAAACCUUAUAACUCAAAGGCACGAUUUCUUAUUCAAGAAGAGUUUGGACUGGAUCAGGAGUCACAGAGGAAGCCAGACACUUGGAAGCAUGGCUGGGAAACCCAAACUGUACUAUUUCAAUGGAAGAGGCCGAAUGGAAACAAUACGGUGGCUGUUGGCAGCAGCUGGAAUCGAGUUUGAAGAACAAUUCUUUGAAACAAGGGAAGACCUUUUAAAGUUACUGCAGGAUGGAUCCCUGCUGUUUCAACAAGUGCCCAUGGUGGAAAUUGAUGGAAUGAAGAUGGUGCAGACCAGAGCCAUUCUCAACUACAUAGCAGGGAAACACAACCUCUAUGGGAAGGACAUGAAGGAGAGAGCACUGAUUGAUAUGUAUGUGGAAGCAACAAUGGAUCUGAAUGAACUCAUGAUGCAUUAUCCUAUCCAGCCACCGGAGGCAAAGGCAAAGCAUCUUGCCAAAAUCGUUGAGAAGGCCACAACGAGGUACUUCCCUGUAUAUGAAAAGGCUUUGAAAGUCCAUGGACAGGAUUUUCUUGUUGGCAACCGAUUCAGCAGGGCAGAUGUACAGCUGCUUGAAACCAUUCUAAUGGCAGAAGAGUGCAAGCCUGAUAUACUCUCCAAAUUCCCUGUCUUACAGGCUUUUAAAGCAAGGAUAAGUAACAUCCCCACAAUUAAGAAAUUCCUGCAGCCUGGCAGCCAGAGGAAACCACCGCUAGAUGAAAAAUCAAUUCCAAAAGUGAUGAGCAUUUUCAACAUUGGCAAUGAAUGAUGGCUUAAAAUCAUGGCAGCUGUUUUACUACAUGGCAGCUGUUUUGUGUAUUAGCUGUAAAACUGCAAACUGAAGUCAAUUCAAAGUGUGAAAAUUAUAGUGACAGAAUCAGUUAAUACAAGCUAGAAAUUAUGUAUGUAAAAAUGUCCACAGUAAAUCCAAAUAACUGCGCUAGCACAUGAAAUGGUUCACUGAAUUAUAGGCUGCGCAGAGCAAAAGGGGUGGCAUUAAACCACUAGCUUUAAGAGAA